AUGUUCUGGACUCCAAAGCCCCAUAGACAGGACACCACGCAGCUACUACCCACAACGCAACACAUACUGCACCACUGGGACGCUUCUAGGCACCACCUAGUCCAUUACCUCCCUGUGCCUCUAGCUACCCCGCUAGAAGUCCUGGCCACCCUAAUACCAACAUGGGACAAAAAACCAUGGCAACAAGGGGGGAUAACUGAAGUGGGACAGCUGUAUGAGGGAGGUAAACUCCGCCCAUUCCCAGACAUUCAGAGGGAAUACAAUCUUUCCUCCAGACUGAUUUUCCCUUACUUGCAGAUCAAAUCAUGCCUAUCUCAGAACAAACCCAGCGCCAAUAACGCCCGAGAGCACCUAUCUGAAUUUGAACUUCUGUGCACGCACAGAAAACCGCUAAAAAAACUAAUAUCCAUAAACUACAGCCUACUACUACAGAAGGCAGAUACACCCAAUGAUACACAUAUACAAUCCUGGCAUUCGGAACUAGGUAGAUCCAUAACAAAGGACAAAUGGGACAAGGCCUACUCCUCACAUAGGGGAAUAACUUCCUGUGCUACCCAUCUGGAGUUACAGCGCAAACUGCUGUACCGAUGGUACCUAGUUCCAGCCAGAAUCCACCACAUGUGGCCGCAAUCCACAGACAAAUGUUGGAGGUGCGGACACCAAAGGGGUACCAUGACACACGUUUGGUGGACAUGUGAAAAUAUCAAACCCUUCUGGCACGAAGUCCAAAAUGUCAUAUCAAACAUUGUACGUACUCAGGUGACCCUCACCCUAGAACUUUGCAUUUUAUUCAUCCCCCCAGAUGGGACUGCCAAGGCCACGUGGACUGCCAUGUAUCACGUAUUAAUAUCAGCGGCGACACUUAUCGCAAGGUUUUGGAAACAGGUAGCAAUCCCAUCCAGGGGACUCCAUAUACAGCAGGUGUCACUCAACUGGGUCUAUGAAACAGCAUUUGCGAACCAAUUUGGAACUAAAAAACACUUGAAACAAGCUCAUGUCAUGUGGAUGGAGUUCCUGUCCAACCACACAACACAAGCAGCACCUAAAGAGUGUCUACCCACGCCCACACAAGACGACACCCCAUGA